GCCCCGCACGGCGCUUACUGCCCGAGGAAGCUCUGGAUGUGCUGCUGGCAGUGGCCUAGGUACCCCCCUCCGUGCAGGGUGGAGUUGGAGAUCAGCAGCAGGCGCCGCGGGCCCCCCAUGCCGAGCCGAGCCGAACGGAGCCGGGCUCCCUGCCCAGCUCGGUCCGCCCCUUCCUGCCCCGCCGGCGGCCCCGGGGUGGGGCCGAGCCGCCGCUGCUCCGCCGCCCCGGCCUGGCCAUGCUGGACUUCGCCAUCUUCGCCGUCACUUUCCUGCUCAUCCUCGUGGGCGCCGUGCUCUACCUGUACCCGGCAUCUAGGCAAGCAUCAGGUAUCCCUGGGCUGGCUCCAACUGAUGAAAAGGAUGGCAACCUGCCAGAUAUCAUUGCCAGCAGCAGCUUACAUGAGUUUCUUGUGAACCUUCAUGAGAAAUAUGGGCCACUGGUUUCCUUCUGGUUUGGAAGGCGUCUUGUUGUCAGCCUCGGCUCCAUCGAUCUCCUGAAACAGCAUGUUAACCCCAACCGGUUGUUGGAUCCCUUUGAGACAAUGCUGAAAUCCCUCUUGAGGUACCAGUCCAGCCUGAAUGGGGAUACAGGAGAGAGCCACUUGAGGAGAAAACUGUAUGAGAACGGUGUGACCAAGUCCUUGCAAAGUAAUGUUGCUCUCAUCCAGAAGCUGUCAGAAGAGCUGCUGGCCAAAUGGCUGUCUCUCCCCGAGGCACAACAUGUGCCACUCUGCCAGCACAUGCUGGGCUUUGCCAUGAAGUCUGUCACACAGACAGCUAUGGGCAGCAGCUUCGAAGAUGACCGGGAAGUCAUCCGAUUCCGCAGGCACCACGAUGCAAUCUGGUCAGAGAUUGGAAAAGGUUUCUUGGAUGGAUCUCUUGACAAAAACAUGACUAGGAAGAAGCACUAUGAAGAUGCUCUGGUGGAGAUGGAAUCCAUCUUAAAGAAGGUUACAAAGGAGCGCCGAGGCAGAUCAUUCAACAGGCAUGUCUUUAUAGACACCUUGCUGCAGGGGAGCCUGAGUGACCAGCAGAUUCUGGAAGAUACAAUGAUUUUCUCUUUGGCAGGAUGUGUAAUCACUGCUAACUUGUGCACCUGGGCAGUCUAUUUCCUGACAACCUCCGAAGAUGUUCAGCAGAAUCUCUACAAGGAGCUGGACCGUGUUCUGGGGAAGGGACCAAUUACCCAUGAGAAAAUGGAGCAGCUCAGGUACUGUCGGCAGGUCCUGUGUGAGACAGUGCGGACAGCAAAGCUCACUCCCAUUGCUGCACAGCUGCAGGAGCUGGAGGGCAGAGUCGACCAACACACAAUCCCCAAAGAGACACUUGUGCUUUAUGCUCUUGGUGUGAUGCUGCAGGAUAGUUCAUCUUGGCCAUCACCAUACAAGUUUGACCCAGACAGAUUCAAUGAGGAAUUAGCCUUGAAAAACCUCUCCUUGUUGGGUUUCUCAGGAAGCCAGGAGUGCCCAGAGUUGAGGUUUGCCUAUAUGGUGGCCACAGUUCUGCUGAGUGUCCUGGUAAGGAAACUGUAUCUCCACCCAGUGAAAGGACAAGUCACGGAGGCAAAAUAUGAACUGGUAACCUCACCAAAGGAGGAAGCCUGGAUAACAGUGUCUAAGAGAAGCUAAGAGCAAGCAAAACAAGGGGUUAAAAGUGCCAGCAGUGAAGUUCUGAGCAAGGGUCUUAAUGAGAAUCAUACUGGCACCAUGUUUACUCAGCUAAGGAAUUUUAUAUCCAGAAAUUUUUUUUUACCUUCCAUAUUCUUAACCUUAUGCCUAUCUUGGAUACUCUCUCUAAUUCAACCAGUAGUCAUAUUAAAGUAGAUUUAAUCUAUA